CCCGGUCCGCCCGCCGCCCUCCGAGGCCCCAAUCCCAAUAUGGCGGCGCCCAGCGGAAGGAGCGGCGGUGGCGGCGCGGGCUGGUCGGCUGCGCUGCUUCUGGCGGCCGUAGUUCUGAGAGCGGCGGAGGCCGUGUCCGAACCCACGACGGUAGCGUUUGACGUGCGGCCCGGCGGCAUCCAGCACUCGUUCUCUCAGAACGUGGGUCCCGGGGACAAAUUCACCUGCACAUUUACUUAUGCUUCUCAAGGAGGGACCAACGAGCAGUGGCAGAUGAGCCUGGGGACCAGUGAGGACCACCAGCACCUCACCUGCACCAUCUGGAGGCCGCAGGGAAAGUCCUACCUGUACUUCACCGAGUUCCGGGCCGAGGUGCGCGGCGCAGAGAUCGAGUACGCCAUGGCCUACUCAAAAGCAGCAUUUGAGAGGGAGAACGACGUCCCCCUGAAAAGUGAGGAAUUCCAGGUGACCAGGACGGCAGUGGCUCACAGGCCUGGGGCCUUCAAAGCUGAGCUGUCCAAGCUGGUGAUUGUCGCCAAGGCCACCCACAGUGAGCUGUGACCUGCACCUACCGGGUGGGCCUUGUCCCUCCCUGCCGAGGAGCCCUGGCUCCUGGUGACCAGCGUGGCCAGGGGCCGCCUGCAAAACAGAUGGGAGUUCCUGCGGAGCUCAUGGAGCACUGUUCGCCCUGCCUGGCUCAACACAGUGAGACCGCAGCCUGCCUGCCUCUCCAGAGGACCCGGGGCCUCCCAGCAGGAAGCAUCUUCCCCUGCACAGCCAGCCAGGCCCUGGACAGCACCAUUGUCCCCUCCACUGAGGGCCCAGGACCUCCUUUCAGACCAACCACGAAGAGAGAAUGUUUUGAUAUUUAAAUAAAUGGAAAACCAGA